CUCUUAGCCAAUCAGAUGCGCACGUUUACCGUUUGUGUAAAACCCGGUCAUCACGCGCAUCGCAGUCGACCUCAAUCCGCAAAGAGAGGAAGUCCGCAGGGUCUUGUCUACAAUUCAAACUCUGAAUAAAGUCUUCAAAUAACAUGGAUUAUCAAGGUGGAAAGAAGUACGGCGCUUUGAGGAAAGAGCAAGAGACGAAAUUAGAUGAAAUUAACAAGAGUUUCUUCAACUGUGGAGAUUACGAUGAUGAAGAUGAUUAUCCAGACCUGAAGGGAACCCUUGAUGCUUAUAAAAAACAGUUUAUGGAAUACGAUGUCAACAAUUCCGGUGAUAUUGAUAUUAUGGAGUUGAAAAUGAUGAUGGAAAAGCUAGGACAAGCCAAGACUCACCUGGAACUUAAAAAGAUGAUAGCAGAAGUAGACACAACAAAUUCAGGGACCAUUUUUUACAAUGAAUUUCUCACCAUGAUGUUAGGCAAGAAAAGUUCCAUUCUAAAAAUAAUUCUCAAGUUUGAGGAGAUGAAGAAAGAAAAGUCGAAACCAACUGGUCCAGCUCCCAAGCGGGAUCUCUCCAGUCUUCCCUGAACAAGUUAUCAAAUCUUAUACAUACUUUUCUAUCAUUGAUGUCAGCCGAGAAUAUCAAAACCAUACAUCAGAUAAAUAAGUGAAUAUUUUUAUUUGGCUUUUUUGGGGCCAUUUUAAAGCUUUUAUUAUUUUUUCAAUAUUUAAAUAUUCGUUGCAAAUAUAGCUUGAAAUUAACACAGUUUUGUGCUUUCUGGGAAUUUUAAUCAUUUUUCUAGAAUAAAACAAGAGAGACAAAUGAGAAAAACUUAUCAUGCAUAAUCCGACUUUGAUAUGGCAUUUGAUAAAGGUGCUUUGAUCAGUAGUUCAUAUUAAAACUGUUUACAUUACGGAUGGACUAAAUAAAUACUGGUGAAAUUUGAACCAAUUUCUGAUCAGAAGUUCUAAUUAGAUUUUUCAAUGUCCUUUAUAUAUCAAUAUUUGAUUUCUUGAUUAAAAAAAACUAUUUUUAUGUGA